AUGAAUUUUUUUAGAGUUUGGAAUGUUUUGCUGCUGAUACUUCUCAGUCAAUUCCAGUUUGCUUCAUGUCAAAACGAUUGGGCAGUUUUGUCCAAUCAACAAAAAAUUGCACUAAGAUCGCAAAGAGAUAUAAUGUCAAAUGUGACAAUUGAUCAACUACCUAUAAUAGGUGGCGAUCUGCGACAUGUCUUAUUCCAUGAAAAUUUUAUUGAUCCAAAUAUUACUGAAAAUGAUAACACCACAAAUACACGAUAUUUGACCACUUUUAUAGAUCUGCUAUCAACAGGUAUGCAGGGGUUUAUUAUUGAUAUAGAACAGAAGAAUAAUUCAUGGGUAAUCUCUAAUACAUCUCUUCCCUUUGGGACCUUUCUGAACACAUUACAAAUUUUUAUUCAUACAACGAAUAAUAAUUUAGUUGCCAAUAUGCUGGUAAUGUUUUUAAGACUACCGAACGGCACCAUAAUUCAAUCAACUGAUGCACUCCAAAGGUAUCCCCAAUUAAACCUUACAUACUUAUUUGAUCAAACUAUUCAAAGUUCUAGCAUAUAUACCCCGUUAGAUCUUGCUACUGAUAGAUCUGGAGGUAAUGCUUGGGAUACUCAUGGUCGAUCAAUGGAGGACGGGUGGCCAACAUUCGGGACAUUUAUUUAUAGUCAUCGUAAAAGAAUGAUAAUAAUUGAGUUGACGGAUAUCUUGAAAAGUACAGAUCUCCCUUAUUCCUUUAAUCGAACCAUAUUACAUUACGAUACUAAAAAUUCAACUUUCGAAUGUCCAAAUACGGAAUCUGCUCUCAAUGAUAUAUCAACUCUUCAUUGGAGAUUUUUAAAUUCUGUUUUUACGCCUAAUGAUAUAGGAGAAUAUGUUUCAUGCGGAAUUUCACCGAUUAUAUCAAAUAAUUAUUCAAAUUCUACAAUACGCAAUAUAGCGAAAUUAUUCCAAAGUACAAUUUGGUCAUGGGGUCCAAACCAACCUAUAUAUACAAGGAUAGAACAUGGUACAGUCACAAAAAAUGAUACUUUACAGGCUUACAAUUGUGCUCUGUUGAAAUAUUACUCCACCAAUGAUUCUAUAACUUGGGAAGUCGCAAAUUGUUAUCGAAAUGAAAGAGGGCUAUGUAGAUAUAAAGAUAGAUCAUUUAUAUGGCACGUUACCGAGGAUGAGGACACAUAUUUCGAAUUUGAUAACUUCAAAGGUUCUAAAUGUCCUGAUGAUUAUACAUUCUCAUUACCUAGGACACCAUUAGAAGAAAGAGCAUUAUUAUUAUACCUUAAGAACAGAACGAUAAAUGAUAUUGACAUAUGGAUUGAUAUCAAUUCCGUGUCGGUAAGUAAUUGUUGGGUUAAUGGAGGCCCAUACGCUACCUGUCCCUAUCAAAAGGCCGUUUCGACAAGAAAUUUCGUGAAGAUGUUGACUCCACCGUCUGUAAUUUCUUUUGCUCUAUUGGCUCUUGUUUUUUACUUGAGUAUAUUACCUCUACCAAUACACGAUAAUAGAAAGAAUUGGAGGAGAAUAAGUAAUAAGGUAUCUAAAUCAGAGGCAGAGGGUGUACCGUCAUGA